AUGUCUAGUUUAUCGUUCAAUCAACAGUCUAUUUUACAUGUGAAGAAAACCUUGAUUUUACAAAAGACUGCGGUGAUUGGUAAUCAUACAAUUGACUGCCAUUUGGCAAGGAUCGUUGCUGGCAAUGCGGAAAAUUUGCAGCCAUAUCUUGAAUCAAUGUACACUAUUCUACAACCCGACAAUCGUCUCACGUUGAUGGUCCAAUUGGAAAGUGGUUUUCCAAAUCGUUUUCGUUACCUAGUCAUUAUUACAUGUAUCGGUAAACAACAAACAGAAGAAUCGGCUCUUCUUGGUUUCGAUGUUACUUCAAGUGAAAUUACAAUUGGUAUGACAUUACCUAUACGGGCCGAUUUGGAUAUUUCACUUGAUGGUGAUGGUGGUUUCAAGGUAACUUCAUACGAUCAGUGUUAUAUGUUCAAACCGGUGAGUGUUCAAGCUCUGUGGACUGCCUAUCAGAGUUUACACAAAGCAUCAAAUCAAGCUCGUCAUUACAAUUACAUAACUAAUACUGGUGUUACACAUGGUUGGUUAGAAUAUUAUCGUCAUAUAGAUUUACGAUCAAAUCAAAUCUAUAUUAAUGAAUGGAAUCAAAUGAAUGAUAUAUUAUCACAUCGUAGUGAUUCACCACAUCUAUAUCAACCAUUGUCAUCAGAUGAAGAAGCCCUUCGUACUCGAAUAAAUGUUAAACUAAAAGAACUUAUGCUACAAGUUGAUCUUGAUCAAGUAACACCGAAGUUUUUACGAGAACAAUUAGAAAAUGCAUUUGAAAUGUCACUAUCAUCGUAUAAACAAUAUAUUGAUGACGAAAUGCUUCAAAUUCUUGCACAAAUGGAUAAAUCAACAAUGAUUUUACCACAUCUUUAUCUUGGUUCAGAAUGGAAUGCAUCAAAUUUUGAAGAAUUAAAAGCAAAUAAUAUUGGCUAUGUUCUAAAUGUUUCACGUGAAAUAGAUAAUUUUUUUCCUGGACAUUUUAAAUAUUUAAAUGUUCGUGUUCAUGAUCAUGAUGAUGCAGAUCUAUUAAAAGAAUGGGAAAAAACGUUCCGAUUUAUAAAUGAAGCAAAACUAAAUAAUCAAUCUUGUUUAGUUCAUUGUAAAAUGGGUAUUAGUCGAUCUGCAUCAACGGUAUUAGCAUAUUUAAUGAAAGAAAAUAAUCAUUCAUUGGUUGACGCUUUGGAACAUGUAAAACAACGACGAUCAUGUGUAAAUCCAAAUGGUGGAUUUCGCAAUCAAUUACUUAUUUAUGAAGGAAUAUUAGCAGCGCAUAAAACAUUUCGAAGUAAAUUAAAUGAUUGUCAAAUAACAACAACGGCUAAAACGAUGUCGACUACACCAACACCUAUUGAAUCAUUAUCAUCUGUAUCAGAAGAUUUAAUGGUUUUGUUGAGAAAAAAAUCACCGAAUAAAAUUUAUGGUGGAACUAUACAUCCGAAUUCGUUGACUUAA